GCGCUGUUGCUUGAAAUUAUUAUUUGUGUAAUUGUCGCGCGUCGUGUUCAUUGCUCUUAUUGACUCCGAUGAUAUAAAUAAAAUGCAAGGUACAAAGUGUUUUAUAUGCUCAAAUUUAUUGUUCUAGUUAAGAUAACGAAAAUAUGGCCGGUCGUCGCGAUUGUCGUGUGUAUAUUGGCAAUCUUCCACCAGAUAUUAGACAGCGUGAUUUGGAAGAUUUAUUUUACAAAUAUGGUCACAUCAAUUUCAUUGAUGUCAAGCUUACGCGUGGAGCACCAUUCGCCUUUAUCGAGUUCGACGACCCACGUGACGCGCGUGAUGCUAUUCGUGGGCGUGACGGUUAUGAGUUGGAUGGUUGCCGAAUCAGAGUUGAAAUGACUCGUGGAGUCGGUCCUCGUGGACCAGGCGGUCGCCCACUCUAUGGUCCAGAUCGUGGGGAACGUGAUCGAAGACCGCCACCUCCUCGUGGUCCUCCACGCCGCAGUGGAUAUCGUGUCUUGGUAACUGGGCUUCCAGUGACGGGCUCUUGGCAAGAUUUGAAGGAUCAUAUGCGUGAAGCUGGUGACAUUUGUUACGCAGACGUCUUUAAAGAUGGAACAGGCGUCGUUGAAUACACUAGACAAGAUGACAUGAAGUAUGCAAUCAAAAAACUUGAUGACACGAAGUUCAAAUCUCAUGAGGGUGAAACAUCGUACAUUCGGGUGAAGGAGGCAGCAAUCGAUGAUCGUUACAGGUCGCGUUCGCGGUCUCCUCGUGGUUCUCCGAAAUAUAGCCCGAAGUCGGCUUCUCGUUCGCGAUCUCGUUCGCCGAUACAUUCCGCGUCACCUGCGCGAUCCUCUCGCUCACGUUCACAAUAAAGAUGUAUGGAUCAUCGAAGAUUUUUAUCGUUGUUAUUUGGGGAUUUCAGUUAUUAAUUGUUGCCUUUUCAGUAAUCGUUUUUAUUGCACUCAUCUGAAGGUUUCAAACGACAUUUCCAGAUUUUGAAGAGAGGAUUUUUUCUGCUAAUGAUUCUUGCUGAAAUGACAAUAUAAAGCAUAUAAAUGCAGUAAAAUUUGUAGUGUCAGGCAGAAGAGAUUGAAAACAUAGGGAUUAAUGUAAUGCUCUAGCAUCUUUAAUAUAGUAAUAGCUAUUUAUUGCUUUAAGGUAUGGUCAGAGUGUAUAUGAGAGUGUCCUGAUUGUCUUUGAAAAAAAGAAUCUUUUUUGCUGCAACUCAUUGAUUUUUCGUUGGAUUGUUUACAGUAAUCUCAUUAUUACGCGUAUUCAUUUAUUCAAGAAAGAGUUUAUUUUCCAGUGUUGCACUGUUUCCGAAUUCAGCAUGCCUGUCAUCUACUUUUAGCGUUGAGAUGCGUCCAGAAUUUAAUAAAUUUUUGUAUUUCCUCUUAAUUACAUUAUUCGUACCAUCCAUUUACUGGCAAUGAUUCUAUUUUUGCUUUUUCAGUGACGCCUCAGCAAACACUGUUUAUGUGAGGAUGUUGAUAGGGAUAAUCAACGACCACUACAUUCUAUUCAACCAAACCAACAGAAUGUGUUUAAUGCGACGCCAAACUUACGCCUCUGUCAAACAAAUCAUUUCUGGGACUUUAUAUCAAAAAACAAUGUGGAGGGAACGGCCUCGAUUAGUACACCAACGAGUGCGUCGACUUCUCCCGAAUCCCCGAUCCCGGAUUUAUUGGCAGUGUUUGUGCAACGCACUACGGGAAUGUUUGGCAGCGAAACGAUAGACUCUUGGCUGGAGUCUUCUCGAAACGAUUUGUGGGCCCUGAUAAGUUUUAUUGACACUUGAGGUUGACAUGGGAUGGAUCAUUUGCAAAAUUCUGGAAUUAGUUCUGUCCAGAACCCGAGACUAAAGGGCCUUUUUAUCCAGGGGUCGCUUGGAAGUGAGUAAGGUGUUGCUUGUAAAAGUGUACAGUAUAAUUUUAGCGCUGCGAUGCUCGCAACGAGUUAGGGGUGUACAAUUUUUUAUCCUUUUUUUUGGGGAAGGGGAGGGUUUUUUCAGGUAGCGAUGGUGUGAAUUUUGCACGAAGCAGAUAUCCAAACAUGGUAAAAUGCACAAGUAGCAGGUGAAGUAUUUGGAUCUAUCAUUUUCGUGAACGUCGGUCCAAAUGUCCGCUUAUUUCAUACUUGAUCUGAUCUGCAUGAUGUACAUUGGUUCGGGCUAAAUCAUUCGCUAUUCUGUCAUAAGCAUAAAGCUUUUUCAUUUCA